AUGUCGGAGCCCGACUUAUCUCAAGAGCAGAGCCGCUCUUUGCACGAGCGGAUCUUCAACAUCUUUCGUACCACCUCCGCGACCAGCGUUCCCGGUCACACUGGCGGAGAUUUUGCAUCGCCCUACACGCCGGGAGAAACCUCUCGCCUAUUGGAGUCAUAUGAUCAUCAUGAGCCCGCUUGCGGGCUGAGGGGCUCUUGCGAUCACGGUACUUUCUCCCCUAGGCUGGAACGCGAGGAAAACCAAGCUUGGGGUGUAGCAUCCUUGAACAACGUCGGCCAUGGUAUCACGGCUGGGGAGGCCCCUCUCGACGGCGAUUCCAUUCAAGGGCCGGAGAAUAUCCCGUCAAUGGACUCCUCUGUUUCGGCGUUCACGAUGAAGAAUCGCAGAACUUUAUAUAUGUCAUACUAUAUUCCAUUCUUCAAUUGGAUCACUCAAUAUCGGCUGUCCUUCCUUCGAGGGGACUUGAUUUCGGCAAUGACUGUCGCGUCGAUUUACAUCCCAAUGGCGCUCUCCUUGUCGUCCAAUCUAGCGCAUGCUCCUCCCAUCAACGGCCUCUACUCUUUCGUGUUCAACCCGUUGAUUUACGCGAUACUGGGGAGCAGCCCUCUACUCGUCGUCGGCCCCGAAGCGGCCGGCUCUCUUCUAACCGGCACAAUUGUUAAAGCAAGUGUGAGUGCAGGUCUCUCGAAAGAAGAGGACGAGGCCGCAAGUGCCUUGAUCGUCGGAAUAGCCACGGCUAUGGCAGGCGCCAUGAUCUUGAUCGCCGGUCUUACUCGGCUAGGAUUCCUAGACAAUGUGCUGAGUCGGCCUUUCCUGAGAGGGUUCAUUACCGCCAUUGGUUGUGUUAUCUUCGUGGACCAGCUCAUCCCCGAGGCUGGACUCACCGAGCUGGCGAAGGAUGCUACCGUGAGCCACGGAACCACGGUUGAGAAGCUAGUCUUCUUUGUCAGGAAUAUAGGCAAAUGCCAUGGCCUUACGGCCGCAGUGUCUUUCGGCAGCUUCAGCAUCAUUAUGGUGUUCCGCACCCUCAAGAAGCUGCUCCAGCCACGAUACCCACUCGUCGUCUACUUCCCGGACCGUAUCCUGGUGGUUAUCAUCUCCGCCAUCUUAACAUGGCACCUUGGCUGGGACAAGCAGGGUCUGGAGAUCCUCGGCCCGACCAAGAACAACGCCAAUGGCGUCUUCGCCUUCAAAUGGCCGUUCCAGUUUAGCCACAUGAAGCACGUCCGGACUGCACUGAGUACGUCCUUCAUCAUUGCGCUCCUCGGCUUCUUCGAGUCCUCCGUGGCCGCCAAGGGUCUCGGCACUGCUCGACAGGCCGGUGUCAAGGGCAUGGCUGUCAGCGCGAACCGAGAGAUGGUGGCCCUGGGCGUCGCGAACGUCGUCGGCGGUUGCUUUAUGGCGUUGCCGGCUUUUGGAGGCUACGGCCGAAGCAAAGUCAAUGCGUCUACUGGGGCGCGGUCGCCCAUGAGCAGUAUCCUGCUGAGCGUCAUCACGUUUAUCUCUAUCAUGGUGCUUCUGCCGUAUCUAUAUUAUCUCCCGAAAGCCGUUCUGUCUGCUAUGAUCUCCGUUGUCGCCUUCAGUCUCAUCGAAGAGUGUCCGCAUGACCUCGCCUUCUUUAUACGUCUGCGUGGAUGGACAGAAUUAACACUGAUGAUCCUCAUUUUCGUCUCGACUAUCUUCUAUUCUCUGGAAUUGGGAAUCGCCCUAGGAAUCGGCCUCUCCAUUCUCAUCCUCAUCCGCCACUCCACGCAACCUCGAAUCCAAAUCCUCGGAAAAGUAGCCGGCACGUCAGACCGGUUCGAGAACGCCGAACUGCACCCAGAGAAAGUGGAACUGGUCGAGAGCGCCCUGAUCGUCAAGAUCCCCGAACCGCUCACUUUCGCCAACACGGGCGAUCUCAAGAACCGUCUCCGUCGGCUGGAGCUGUACGGUACGAACCGCGCGCAUCCGUCUCUGCCUCGGAUGCGACCCGCCGAGCACAACAAGAACUUCAUCUUCGACGUGCACGGCGUCACGAGCAUCGACGGCUCCGGGACGCAGGUCCUCUUCGAGAUCGUCGACGAGUAUGCCGAGCAGGGCGCGCGGGUCUUCUUCUGCCGCCUGCCCAACCGCGACGUGUUCCGCAUGUUCGAGAGAAGCGGGAUCGUGGACCGAUGCGGCGGAAUGUCUCACUUCGUUUCGCGGGUAGACGAAGCGCUCAGACUUGCGGAGUCGGAGGAUCGGGUAUUUAAUGCCUAG